AUGGACAUCACACAGUUAGGGGAAGGGGUGUAUCUACGACUCCAGUUCGUCUUCAGCGGGCUGCGGAUCAAGAUGCCCAGCCCCGGGCCCAGACCAUCUGCAGACACUCCCAAGUUCCUUCGUUCAGCUGUCUUCACCAAGGGGCCCGAUGGUGCCCUGGCGCUUCACGCCAAAGAGAGGGCCUGUGCUUUGCGGCCCAGCACAGCCGCCAGCCAGUGUGGGGCGGCGGUGCCGGGCCUGGCAUGCGCCCGCCUGCUGACCACAUACGUCUGGAAUGCGCAGAUGUUUCCUUGGGGGCUCCCACUGGCCACCCUGACUCUCAUCAUCGGGAUUGGGGAGCAGAUGAAUUCAUUCAGAUUCUUCAUCAGAAAAGCACUCUCCUUGCCCCUGAUAACAGGGGUGCAUCGAGGGGACCUCUCCCACAACCUGCUCCACACGCUGGACGCUGGGCUCCUGGCAAACCUCUCUGCGCUGGUGGAGCUGGAUAUAAGCGACAACAAGAUUUCUACAUUAGAAGAAGGAGUAUUUGCUAAUUUAUUUAAUUUAAGUGAAAUAAACCUGAGUGGGAACCCAUUCGAGUGCGACUGCGGCCUGCUAUGGCUGCCACGCUGGGUGGAGGAGCGGCGGGUCCGCAUGGCGCCAGCCAGGGUGGCCACGUGUGCUGGGCCCGGCCCGUUGGCUGGCCAGCCCCUCGAUGUCACCUUGCUGAGUGGAGGCUGUGGUGAGGAGUACAUCGCCUGCCUCCCUGACAACAGCUCGGGCACCCCUACAGUGGUGGCCCUUUCCUCUGCCCACGAGGGCCCCCUGGAACCCGAGGCCUGUGGUGCUCUCUGCUUCUCAGCCAGCAAGGGCCUCGCAGCCCUGGCGGAGCAGGGCCGGUGUGUCUGCGGUGCACUCCAGCUGCCCAACACCUCUGCGGCCUGCCAGUCCCUGUGCUCCAGCCUCCUCCAGCCCCGCAGCCCCACCUGCAGCGGCCCCACACUCCUCCGGAACGUCUUCCCAGCCUCCCCUGGGGCCACCCUGGUGGGGCCCCAUGGACCCCUGGCCUCUGGUCGGCCAGCAGCCUUCCAUAUCGCUGCCCCUCUGCCCAUCGGCUCCACACACUGGGACUUUGGAGAUGGCUCUCCAGGGGUGGAUGUGGCUGGCUCAGCUGCCACCCACCGAUAUGCACUGCCUGGACGCUAUCACGUGACAGCUGUGCUGGCCAUGGGGUCUUCCUCUGCCUUGCUGGGGACAGAGGUGCGCGUGGAGGCAGCCCCUGCUGCCCUGGAGCUCCUGUGCCCAGCCUCUCUGCACAGUGAUGAGAGCCUCAGAAUCAGCAUCCGGAACCGCGGAGGCUCGGCCCUUGAGGCCACCUACACCAUCCUGGCUCUGGAUGAGGAGCCAGUGAGAGUGGUGCACCCGCUCUGCCCUUCGGACACAGAGAUCUUCCCUGGCAGUGGGCACUGCUACCGCCUGGUGGCAGAGAAGGCACCCUGGCUGCAGGCUCAGGAACAAUGCCGGACCUGGGCUGGGGCUGCCCUGGCCAUGGUGGACAGCCCUACCAUCCAGCGCUUCCUGGUCUCCCAGGUUACCAGGGGCCUGGACGUGUGGAUUGGAUUCUCCUCUGUGGAGGGGGCAGAGGCGGGCUUGGCGCCCCAGGGCGAGGCCUUCAGCCUAGAGAGCUGCCAGAACUGGCUGCCAGGAGAGCCGCACCCGGCCACUGCCCAGCACUGUGUGCGCCUGGGCCCCGCCGGGCAGUGCAACACAGACCUGUGCUCCGCGCCCCACAGCUAUGUCUGUGAGCUGCGGCCUGGAGGCCCCGUGUGGGAUGCUGAGAACUUCCUCGAGGGAGUGCCUGAUGGGGGCCUGCAGGGGCCCCUGAGGCCGCUGGCACGGCAGGAGGCCCUCCUGGCCCCUCAGCAGCCCUUGGAGCUCAUAGUGUUGCCUGGCCCGAGCCGUGAAGCCUUUCUUACUGCAGCAGAAUUUGGAAUCCAGGAACUUGGGGGGCCUGCACAGCUGCGGCUGCAGGUGUUCCGGCCCUCAGGAGGAGCAGUAGCCCCAGAAAGUAGCAGUGAGCCUGAAAACGUGACCGAGCCAGGCCCCGGCUGUCUACUGGAGGAGCACUGGUGUCCUGGGGCCAAUGUCUGUGUGCCAGUGGAUGCCUCCUGCCACCCUCACGCCCCUGCCCGUGGGUCUGCAUCGGGGCCCCGGCUCCCCGGGGUCGCGCACACACUGUGGAGGGAGUUCCUGUUCUCCGUGCCUGCAGGCCCCCCCACGCGCUACUCGGUCACCGUCCAUGACCAAGACAUCCUGGUGCUUCCUGGUGACCUCAUCGGCUUGCAACAUGACGCUGGCCCGGGUGCCCUACUGCAGUGUCCCUUGGGAUCCAACCAUCCCGGCCUUGAGGUUUUGUACUUCUCCACCAACGCUUCCGUUUGGCUGGCCAGCCUGCCUGCCCAGGUGGAGGGGGCUCAGACUGGCCCUGCCUGUGCCCUGCAACUGCGCUUAGCCACAGAGCAGCUUACCGUGCUACUGGGCCUGACGCCCAAUCCUGGGCUGCAGCGUCCUGGGCGCUACAAGGUUCAGGCCACAGUGGGCAACAGCGUGUCCAGUCACAACCUGUCCUGUGGCUUCAGUGUGGUCUCCCCGCUGACGGGGCUGCGCGUCGUCCACCCCGCCCUCCUUGAUGGCCACCUCUACAUACCCACCAAUGGCUCGGUCUUGGUGCUUCAGGUGGAUUCUGGUGCCAGUGCCACAGCCACAGCCAGCUGGUCCGGGGGCCACAUCACUGCCCCCUUCGAGGCUGCCUGCCCCUCUGUGGGGGCCACCUUCCAGCCUGACUGCACAGGAGAGGCCAAUCACACCUGGUUCUCGGUGCUGGCCCUGCCCCGGCUCAGCGAGGGGGAGCACGCAGUGGAGAUUGUAGCCCAGAACCGCGACAGCCGGGCCAACCUCAGCCUGAGGGUGACCGCUGAGGAGCCCAUCCGUGGCCUCCGAGCUGUGCCCAGCCCUGAGGCCCGGGUGCUGCAGGGUGUUCUGGUGCGGUACAGCCCCAUGGUAGAGUCUGGCUCAGACGUGGUCUUCCGGUGGACCAUCGAUGACAAGCAGUCCCUGACCUUCCACAACGUCGUCUUCAACGUCAUCUACCAGAGUGCCGCCAUCUUCAAGCUCUCACUGACAGCCUCCAAUCACGUGAGCAAUGUCACCGUGAACUACAACGUCUCCGUGGAGCGGAUGAACAGGAUGCGGGGUCUUCGAGUAUCUGCGGUGCCAGCUGUGCUGCCCCUCAAUGCCACGCUGGAGCUGAUGGCCAGUGUGCUGGUGGACGCGGCUGUGGAGGUGGCCUUCCUGUGGACCUUUGGAGAUGGCGAGCAGGUGGUUGGCCAGUUCAAGCCUCCGUACGGUGAGGCCUUCCAGGUCCCAGACCCCACGGUGGCCCAGGUGCUGGUGGAGCACAAUGCCACACACACCUAUGCCAGCCCAGGCGAGUACAACCUGACCGUCCUCGCGUCCAACACCUACGAGAACAUGACGCAGCAGGUGCCCGUGAGCGUGCGCCCCGCGCUGCCCAGCCUGGCUGUGGGAGCCAGCCGCAGCGUGCUGGUGGUGGGCCAGCCCGUCACCUUCUCCCCGCAUCCUCGGCCCUUGUCUGGCGGCAUCCUGUACGCGUGGGAUUUUGGGGAUGGCUCCCCUCGCCUGGUGCAGAGCCAGCCAGCCGUGAACCACACCUACCUCCACCCCGGCACCUACCGCGUCAGCCUGGAGGUGAACAACACCGUGAGCAGCGUGGGGGCGUACACCGAUGUCCACGUCUUCCGGGAGCUGCGUGGCCUGAGCGUGCACCUGAGCCCGGCGGUGGAGCAGGGAGCCCCUGUGGCGGUGCAGGCGGCUGUAGAGACGGGUGACAACGUGACGUGGACAUUCGACAUGGGGGAUGGCACCAUGUUCACGGGCCCCGAGCCCACGGUGCAGCAUGUGUACUUGCGGGCACAAAACUAUACAGUGACAGUGGUUGCAGCCAGUCCUGCAGGCCAGCUGACCCAGAGCCUGCCCGUGCAGGUCUUUGUCCUGGAGGUGCUGCGCGUUGAGCCUGCCACCUGCAUCCCCGUCCAGCCCGAAGCCCGCCUCACAGCUCAUGUCACCGGGGACCCUGCCCGCUACCUCUUUGACUGGACCUUUGGGGAUGGCUCCUCUAACAUCACUGUCCAGGGGUGCCCGACGGUGACGCACAACUUCACGCGGAGUGGCACGUUCCCCCUAGCGCUGGUCCUGUCGAGCCGUGUGAACAAGGCGCAUUACUUCACCAGCAUCUGUGUGGAGCCCGAGCUGGGCAACGUCACUCUGCAGCCCGAGAGGCAGUUUGUACGGCUCGGGGACGCGGCCCGCUUGGCGGCCUGCGCCUGGCCCCCAUUCCCGUACCGCUACAUCUGGGCCUUCGGCACGGAAGGUGCCGCCCCCACCCAAGCUGGGGGCCCCGACGCUGCGUUCACCUACCGAGAGCCCGGCUCCUACGUGGUGAUGGUCACUGCCACCAACAAUAUCUCAGCCGCCAACGCGUCCGCGCGGGUGGAAGUGCAGGAGCCGGUGGACAUCACCGCCAUCGGCGUCAAUGGCUCCCACGUGCUGGAGAUGGGGCGGCCCUACCUGUUCUCGGCUGAGGGCCAUGGGCGCCCCGCUACCUACUCCUGGGAGCUGGGGGAUGGGGCUCAGCUCGAGGGCGCCGAGGUCACCCACACCUACAGCAGCGCAGGCGGCUUCACCGUCGCAGUGGCCGGCUGGAAUGAGGUGAGCCGCAGCGAGGCCCGGCGCAACGUCACCGUGCAGCAGCGCAUCGAGGGGCUCGGCGUGAACGCCAGCCGCACGGUGGUGCCCCUGAACGGCAGCGUGAGCUUCGGCACCUCGCUGGAGGCGGGCAGCAACGUGCGCUACUCCUGGGUGCUCUGUGACCGCUGCACGCCUAUCCCCGGGGGCCCCACCAUCUCCUACACCUUCCGCUCCGUGGGGACCUUCAACAUCAUUGUCACCGCCGAGAACGAGGUGGGCGCCGCGCAGGACAGCAUCUUCAUCUACGUUCUCCAGCUCAUCGAGGGGCUGCAGGUGGUGGGGGGCGGCGGGGGCUGCUGCUUCCCCACCAACCACACGCUGCAGCUGCAGGCCGCUGUCAGGGAUGGCACCAACAUCUCCUACAGCUGGACUGCACAGCGGGAUGGGGGCCCAGCCCUGACGGGCAGCGGCAAGGGCUUCUCCCUCACGGUGCUUGAAGCUAGCACCUACCGCAUCCAGCUGCGGGCCACCAACAUGCUGGGCAGUGCCUCGGCCAACCGCACCGUGGAGUUUGUGGAGCCUGUGGGGUGGCUGGGCGUGACUGCCUCCCCCAACCCGGCUGCCGUCAACACGAGCGUCGCUCUCCUCGCUGAGCUGGCCAGUGGCAGCGGGGUCGUCUACACAUGGUCCAUGGAGGACGGGCUGAGCUGGGAGACGUGGAAGCCGUCCACCACUCACGCCUUUUCCUCAGCUGGCCUGCACCCGGUCAGCGUCGUGGCUGGGAACCAGCUGGGCUCAGCCAACGCCACCGUCGAGGUGGCCGUGCAGGUGCCUGUGAGCGGCCUCAGCAUCAGGGCUGGCGAGCUGGACAGCGGCUUCGUGGCAGUGGGGUCCUCUGUGUCCUUCUGGGGGCAGCUGGCAGCGGGCACAGAUGUGAGCUGGCGCUGGUCUGUGCUGGGUGGCAGCAAGCAUGGCCAGCGCAUAGCCCUGAGCUUCCCGGACGCGGGCACCUUCUCCGUGCAGCUCAACGCCUCCAACGCCGUCAGCUGGGUGGCAGCCGCGCACACGCUCACGGUGGAGGAGCCCGUCGCGGGCCUGGCGCUCUGGGCCAGCAGCAAGGUGGUGGCGCCCGGGCAGCCUGUGCACUUCCAGAUCCUGCUGGCCGCCGGCUCAGCCGUCAGCUUCCACCUGCAGGCUGGCGGGGCCGGCCCCGAGCUGCUCCCCACCCCCCACUUCUCCCGCAGCUUCUCCUGGGUCGGUGAGCAUGUGGUGAGCGUGCAGGCUGAGAACCAUGUGAGCCGGGCCCAGGCCCAGGUUCGAAUCUUAGUGCUGGAGGCCAUCAGUGGGCUACACGUGCUCAACUGCUGCGAGCCUGGCAUUGCCACCGGCACCGAGAAGAACUUCACGGCCCGGGUGCGGCGCGGCUCCCGGGCCGCCUACGCCUGGUACUUCUCCCUGCAGAAGGUCCAGGGCGAUUCGCUCGUCAUUCUUUCUGGCCGCGACGUCACCUACACCCCGGUGGCCGCUGGGCUGCUGGAGAUCCACCUGCGGGCCUUCAACGAGCUGGGCAGUGUGAACCUCACGCUGACCAUGGAGGUCCAGGAUGUCAUCCAGUACGUGGCUCUCGAGAGUGGCCGUUGCUUCACCAACCGCUCCGCCCGAUUUGAGGCAGCCACAAGCCCCAGCCCCCGGCGAGUAGCCUAUCGCUGGGACUUCGGGGACGGGGCCCCAGUGCAGUACACAGAGGAGCCCUGGGCCGCCCACACCUACCUGCAGCCCGGGGACUACCGCGUGGAGGUGAACGCCACCAACCUGGUGAGCUUCUUUGUGGCCCAGGCCACCGUGACUGUCCAGGUGCUGGCCUGCAGGGAGCCCGAGGUGGGCGUGGCCCUGCCCUCGCAGGUGCUGAUGCGCCGCUCGCAGCGCAACUACCUGGAGGCACACGUGGACCUGCGCGACUGUGUCACUUACCAGGCCCAGUACCGCUGGGAGGUGUUCCGCGCCGCCAGCUGCCAGCGGCUAGGGCAUUCGGCGCGCGUGGCCCUGCCUGGCGUGGACGUGAGCCGGCCCCAGCUGGUGGUGCCGCGGUUGACGCUGCCCGUGGGCCACUACUGCUUUGUGUUCGUGGUGUCGCUCGGGGACACACCACUGGCGCGGAGCAUUCAGGCCAACGUGACCGUGGCCGCCGAGCGUCUGGUUCCCAUCAUCGAGGGCGGCUCGUACCGCGUGUGGUCUGACACCCAGGACCUUGUGCUGGACGGGAGCAAAUCCUACGACCCGAACCUGGAGGACGGCGACCAGACGCCGCUCAGCUUCCACUGGGCCUGUGUGGCCUCCACCCAGAGCGAGGCUGGUGCGUGUGCGCUGAACUUUGGUCCCCGUGGGAGCAGCACGGUCACCAUUGCCCGGGAGCGCCUGGGGGCGGGGGUGGAGUACACCUUCAGCCUCACUGUGUGGAAGGCGGGCCGGAAGGAGGAGUCUGCCAACCAGACGGUGCUGAUCCGCAGUGGCCGGGUGCCCAUCGUGUCCCUGGAGUGCGUGUCCUGCAAGGCGCAGGCGGUGUACGAAGUGAGCCGCAGCUCCUACGUGUACUUGGAGGGUCGCUGUCAGAACUGCAGCAACGGCUCCAAGCGCGGGCGCUGGGCUGCGCGCACCUUCAGCAACAAGACACUGGUGUUGGAUGAGACGACCACGUCCACGGGCGGUGCGGGCAUGCGGCUGGUGGUGCGGCAGGGUGUGCUGCGGGACGGCGAGGGCUACACCUUCACGCUCACCGUGCUGGACCGCACCGGGGAGGAGGAGGGCUGCGCCUCCAUCCGCCUCUCCCCCAACCGCCCUCCGCUCGGGGGCUCCUGCCGCCUCUCCCCGCUGGAGGCCGUGCGGGCCCUCACCACCAAGGUGCACUUCGAAUGCACGGGCUGGCGGGAUGCCGAGGACGCCGGUGCCCCCCUGGUGUACGCCCUGCUCCUGCGGCGCUGCCGCCGCGGCUACUGUGAGAACUUCUGCGUCUACAAGGGUAGCCUCCCGGCCUACGGGGCCGUCCUGCCGCCCGGCUUUGGGCCACACUUUGAGGUGGGCCUGGCUGUGGUGGUGCAGGACCAGCUGGGCGCUGCCGUGGUGGCACUCAACAGGUCUUUGGCCAUUAUCCUUCCUGAGCCCAACGGUAGCUCGGCGGGCCUGGCUCCCUGGCUGCACAGCCUGACGGCCAGUGUGCUGCCCGGGCUGCUGCGGCAGGCUGACCCACAGCACGUCAUCGAGUACUCCCUGGCCCUUGUCACUGUGCUCAAUGAGUAUGAGCAGGCUCCGGAUGCAGGAGUGGAGCCCAGCCACCAGCGGCAGAUGCGAGCCCAGGUGCGCAAGAACAUCACGGAGACGCUGGUUUCGCUGCAGGUCCACACCGUGGACGACAUCCAGCAGAUCACGGCCGCCCUGGCCCAGUGCAUGGUGGCCAGCAGGGAGCUCGUGUGCCGCUCUUGCCUGAAGAAGGUGCUGCACAAGCUGGAGGCCAUGAUGCGCAUUCUGCGGGCCGAGACCACCCAGGGCACCGCCACGCCCACCGCCAUCGCCGACAGCAUCCUCAACAUCACAGGGGACCUCAUCCACCUGGCCAGCUCUGACGUGCAGGCCCUGCAGCCCUUGGAACUGGGGGCCGAGCCGCCCUCACCCAUGGUGGCAUCCAAGGCUUACAACCUGUCUUCGGCGCUCAUGUGCAUCCUCAUGCGCUCCCGCGUGCUCAACGAGGAGCCUCUGACCCUGUCUGGGGAGGAGAUCGUGGCCCAGGGCAAGCGCUCGGACCCGAGGAGCCUGCUGUGCUACGGCAACACGGCCACGUCCGGCUGCCACUUCUCCAUCCCCGAGGCCUUCAGCGGCGCCCUCUCCAAUGUCAGCGAUGUGGUGCAGCUCAUCAUCCUCAUGGACUCCAACCCCUUCCCCUUCGGCUACAUCAGCAACUACACGGUCUCCACCAAGGUGGCGUCCAUGGCGCUCCAGACGCAGGCCGGCACCCAGAUCCCGAUAGAACGGCUCGCCACAGAGCGCGCCAUCACGGUCAAAGUGCCCAGCAACUCAGACCAGGUCGCCCAGAGCAUGCGCACCCCAGCAGGCUCCACCAUCGUGCAGCCCCGGGCCUCGGUCAGUGCCGUGGUUACCCCAGACGACAGCAACCCCGAGGCUGGGCUGCACCUGCAGCUCACCUACACCGUGCUCAAUGAGCGCUACCUGUCUGAGGAGCCCGAGCCCUACCUGGCUGUGUACCUGCACUCAGCGCCGCGGCCCAACGAGCACAACUGCUCUGCGGACAGGAGGAUCAGCCUGGAGGCGCUCAGAGGCGCCGACCACCGGCUCUACACCUUCUUCCUCGCCCCGGGGACCCGGGCCCCCGGGGGGAGCUACCACCUGAACCUGACCAGCCACUUCCACUGGUCGCCGCUGGAGGUGUCCGUGGGCCUGUACACGGCCCUGUGCCAGUACUUCAGUGAGGAGGACAUGAUGUGGAGGACGGAGGGGCUCGCGCCGCUGGAGGAGACCUCGCCCCGCCAGGCCGUGUGCCUCACGCGCCACCUCACGGCGUUCGGCGCCAGCCUCUUCGUGCCCCCCAGCCGCGUCCGCUUCAUCUUUCCCGAGCCAUCGAUGGGUGUGAACUAUGUCGUCUUGUUGACGUGUGCCAUGUGCCUGGUGACCUAUGCAGCCAUGGCCGUGGUCCUGCAUAAGUUAGACCAGCUGGACGUCCGCCGGGUCCGCGCGAUCCCAUUCUGCGGGAAGGGGGGCCGCUUCAAGUAUGAGAUCCUGGUCAAGACUGGCUGGGGCCGAGGCUCAGGCACCACGGCCCACGUGGGCAUCAUGCUGUACGGGGCGGACAGCCAGAGUGGCCACCGGCACCUGGACGGGGACAGAGCCUUCCACCGGAACAGCCUGGACGUCUUCCGGAUCGCCACCCCGCGCAGCCUGGGCAGCCUGCAGAAGAUCCGAGUGUGGCAUGACAACAAAGGCCUGAGCCCCGCCUGGUUCCUGCAGCACGUCAUCGUCCGCGACCUGCAGAGCGCCCGCAGCACCUUCUUUCUGGUCAACGACUGGCUGUCUGUGGAGACCGAGGCCAACGGGGGCCUGGUGGAGAAGGAGGUGCUGGCAGCAAGUGAUGAAGCCCUGUGGCACUUCCGGCGCCUCCUGGUGGCAGAGCUGCAGUGUGGCUUCUUUGACAAGCACAUCUGGCUCUCCGUGUGGGACCGGCCACCACGCAGCCGCUUCACGCGUGUCCAGAGGGCCACAUGCUGCGCCCUCCUCCUCUGCCUCUUCCUGGGCGCCAAUGCCGUGUGGUACGGGGUCGUGGGAGAUGCCACGCACAGUGUGGGGCCCGUGUCCAGCCUGGUCCCCCCCGGCGCCGAUGCUGUCGCCGUUGGCCUGGUGUCCAGCGUGGUCGUCUACCCUGUCUACCUGGCUGUCCUGUUCUUCUUCCGCAUGUCUCGGAGCAAGGUGGUGGGAGGCCCAGGCCCCACCCGCUCAGGGCAGCCCGCACUGGACACCGACAGUUUCCUGGGCUCACCCGUGCUGAACGGCUCCUUCUUCACGCUGUCGGCGCUCCGGGCUGAGGCCCUUGCUGGACAAGUAAGAAGCGACUUUCUUCUGGAUGAUUCUAAAAGCCUGGUGUGCUGGCCGUCCAGCGAAGGCACGCUCAGCUGGCCGGACCUCCUCAGCGACCCGUCCAUCGUGGGCAGUGCCCUGCAGCAGCUGGCAUGGGGUCCGACCGGCCACGGGCUGGGCCGGGAGGAGGACAGCGCCCCCUCGCCUGCCCAGCACCUGUCAGCAUCAGAUGAAGACCUGAUCCGGCAGGCCCUGGCUCCCACCCAGGACGCCCCCUCGGACACGGACCUGCUCACCGGCCUGUCCAGCACGCCCGGGGAGAAGCCUGAGACGCUGCUGCUGCAGAGGCCGGGAGAGAAGCAGCUCCAGCCCAGCCCCAGUGGUGGGCAGCCCCCGCCGGCCCGGCGCUCGGUGACAGGACCCGUGGAGGGUCUCCACAAGCGGCUGCUGCCCUCCUGGUGUGCACCCCUUGCCCACGGGCUCAGCCUGCUCCUGGUGGCCGUGGCUGUGGGGGUCUCGGGGUGGGUCGGUGCCAGCUUCCCUCCCAGCGUGGGCCUCGCGUGGCUGCUCUCGAGCAGCUGCAGCUUCCUGGCCUCGUUCCUCGGCUGGGAGCCACUUAAGAUCCUCCUGGAAGCCCUCUACUUCUCCCUGGUGGCCAAGCGGCUGCACCCGGAGGAGGACGACACCUUAGUGGAGAGCCCGGCUGUGACCCCUGUGAGCGAGCGCGUGCCCCGCGUGCGCCCCCCCCACGGCUUCGCCCUCUUCCUGGCCAAGGAGGAGGCCCGCAAGGUCAAGAAGCUGCAUGGCAUGCUCAGGAGCCUCUUGGUGUACAUGCUCUUCCUGCUGGUGACGCUGCUGGCCAACUACGGGGAUGCUGCGGGCCACGCCCACGCCUACCGGCUGCAGAGCGCCAUCAAGCAGGAGCUGGACAGCCAGGCCUUCCUGGCCAUCACCCGGUCUGAGGAGUUCUGGCCGUGGAUGACCAGUGUGCUGCUGCCGUCUGUCCAUGGAGACGGGCCCGGCCCUGAGCUGGGGCCCCCGCGGUUACGGCAAGUACGGCUCCAGGAAGACCCUCUGCUCUGCACAGACCCGCCCGGCUCCGGGGCCCAUGCGCACGCAUGCUCAGCUGCCAGAGGCUUCAGCACCAGCGACUACGGCGUUGGCUGGCAGAGCCCAGCUCACAACGGAUCAGAGAUGUGGGCCUACUCUGCGCCAGACCUGCUGGGCGCCUGGCACUGGGGCUCCUGCGCCGUGUACGACAGUGGCGGCUACGUCCAGGAGCUGGGCCUGAGCCUGGAGGAGAGCCGGAGACGGCUGGGCUUCCUCCAGCUGCACAACUGGCUGGACAGCAGGAGCCGUGCCGUGUUCGUGGAGCUGACCGGGUACAGCCCGGCUGUGGGGCUGCACGCUGCCGUCACGCUGGGCCUCGAGUUUCCCGCCACCGGCCGGGCCCUGGCCACGCUCAGCAUCCGGCCGUUCGCUCUGCCUCGCGCCAGCAGCUGGCUGUCCCUGCCACUCCUCACCUCGGUGAGCCUGCUGCUGUUUGCCCUCUACUUCCUGGCGGCCGAGGCGCGUGCAUGGCGCAGGGAGGGGCUGGCGCGCGUGACCCGGCCCGGAGCCUGGGUGCGGUGGCUACUGGUGAUCCUGACGGUGGCUGCGGCCCUCGUCCGCCUGGCCCACCUGGGCGCAGCUGACCGCCAAUGGGGCAGGUUCCUGAGGGGCAGGAGGGGCCGGUCUGUCCGCUUCACCAGCUUUGACCAGGUGGCCCAGCUGAGUGCCGCCGCCCGCAGCCUGGCUGCCUCACUGCUCUUCCUGCUCCUGCUCAAGGCGGCCCAGCAGCUGCGCUUUGUACGCCACUGGUCCAUUUUUGGCAAGACACUGUGCCGGGCCCUGCCGGAGCUUUUGGGCGCCACCCUGGGCCUGGCUGUGCUCGGCGUGGCCUAUGCCCAGCUGGCUGUUUUGCUCGUCUCCUCCGGCAUGGACUCCUUCCAGAACGCAGCCCGGGCCAUCUGGGCCCUGUGCCCGGGAGCCAGAGUCCCCGCCCUGUGCCCGGCGGAGUCUUGGUACUUGUCCCCCCUGCUGUGUGGGGCGCUCUGGGCCCUGCGGGCGUGGGGGGCCCUGAGGCUGGGGGCCGUCCUCCUGCUCUGGCGGUACCACGCGCUGCGCGGGGAACUGUACCGCCCGGCCUGGGAGCCCCAGGACUACGAGAUGGUGGAGCUCUUCCUGCGCAGGCUGCGCCUCUGGAUGGGCUUCAGCAAGGUCAAGGAGUUCCGCCAUAAGGUCCGCUUCGAAGGAAUGGAGCCUCUGCCCUCGCGCUCGUCCCGGGGCUCCAAGUCCCCCCCGGCCGCCCCACCCCCCAGCGCCGGCUCGGAGCCCUCGCGCCCCUCCACCUCCUCCUCCAGCCAGCCCGACGGGCUGCGGAGAGAGCCCGAGCCCUCCUGCCUGCACUCCAUGUUCGAGGCUCUGCUCAUGCAGUUUGACAGACUCAACCAGGCCACGGAGGAUGUCUACCAACUGGAGCAGCAGCUGCAGAGCCUUCAAGGCCAGAGGAACGGUCAGCCCCGGGCCUUGCCUCCUGCUGGCCGUGCCCCAGGCCCCCCGCGGGCCCUGGCCCCCUGCCUCGCCUGCCGGGCCUCGCGGGCUGUGGGCCCGGCUGCCAAUCCCGGCAGGGUGUCCCUGUGGGGCAAGAACAAGGUCCACCCCAGCAGCACCUAGGCCCGGGGGCCUCGGGCAGGGCCCGUGGCUGUGCCCGGCCCCUCGGAAGCCAGGGCAGAUACCGUACCGCUCAGUAUUACCUACCUACCGGCAGCCCCGCUGCCCGCGGGCUUCAGCACUUUAGCGGCCGCCGGCCCAGCCGGCCAGCCGGGAUGCGGCAGUGUUGGGCUGAGCGAGCAGCAGCCUCCGAGAUGCUAUUUAUUUCCCGAGUCCUCAGGUACAGUGGGCUGUGCCCAGCCGCCUCGCCUGGCGAAGGAUCCCAUCCGGGGAGGGCUCAGCCGCACCCCGCUGCCAUCCCCUAAGUUAUUAAUUACCUCUCCUGCCGCCCUGCACACGUCCCGUCCCCUGCGCGCACCGUCAGUAAUUUAUACGGGGUUCAGAGGUGUCUAUUUUUGUAUGUCGCUAUUCUCUCGAGUGCGGAGGGACUUGACUUUAUUUUCUUUUUCUCCGGCUGGGGGAGCUGCCGCUGCUUCUUGGAUCCGAGUCUGGCCCUGAGGUGGGCGUGCUGCCACCAUGGCCUUGCCCCCCUCCCCCCCCUGCUGGCAGCGAGCCUGCCGCCAGCACCCAGGCUUGCUGGUGUCGGGCCUGGACUAGAAGGUGGUGAAUGUGAAGCGAAGGGACGAGACCCCUCCUGGGGCUGGCUCCCAGGCCGGGGCCGGUGUGAGUGUGUGAGGGCCCUGAGGAGCAGCACAGCUGAAGCUACGGCCUUGACCCCGCCCCAGUCCCUCCAGACAAAGUCAAAUAAAGGCGCUGCCUUGACGGCUA